AUGGACCACUGUCAGAGUCUCCCAUCGCCACGUCUGCCCCCCAAAAUAUGCGACUACAUACUCGAUUACCUAUGGGAUGACCACAAGACCCUCAAGGUCUGCAGCCUCGUCACGCGAGAAUGGCUCCCCACGACGCGGAGACAUCUAUUUCAUUCCGUCCGUAUC